CUAACCCGUAUCGCCUGGGGGCGUCUGCAGUCUGGCGCUUACCCUACCAUCUUUCUGAAUAAACUACGAAUACGAAUACGUAGUCAUGCCAGUCCAGAUCUAAGAACCAGGAGCUAACUUAACUGUUUGUGUUAUUGUAGAGGCUAACUACUGAAGUGGCUGGCUGAUUACUUUGAGAUCUUCGCCCAGCCACAUGGAUACUCAGAAAAAUAAAGCCAAGUUGCUUCUCAACCAUGCUACGACUUUGAAUUUACACACAGGCAACUUGGUUAACCGAAGCCGUCUGAAGAAAAAAUGUCCUUCCUCCCCCAGUGAAGAGCUUCAAGAUUGUAUUCGAGCCACUCUAAGCGAAUGGUCUGCGGCAAUACCUUCAACCCUGGAAAACGAGCUGCCCAGGGUACUUGACUGCACUGUCACUCAGCCAACAGAAGCAAUCACGCCUGAGGAGCGGGAGGAACUGAAGGUUUCGGUGAAACUCUUCAUAAGUGGGUCUGACUGCACUUCCAUCAUAAAUGCAGUUGAUUUGGCUUGCCUGUCACUGGGGGUUUCCCAGCUGGAUUCUGUGAUAAUUGCACCCCCUCCACUGCCAGAAGGAGAAAGUCUGACCUUGGAACAUCUGAAGCCCCUUUGGGCAGUGCUGGAGAGCUUAGUGCUGAACCAAAAAAUAGCUGGUAUCGGCACCUCUGACCUGGACAAGGCUUUUCUGGAGCAACUCUACAACUGGGCAAAGGUGAAGCCCAGCAGUAACCAGGUGAAUCUGGCUUCUUGCUGUGUGAUGCCCCCGGACCUAACUGCAUUUGCUAAAGAGUUUGACAUCCAGCUGAUCACUCACAAUGACCCAAAAGAAUUGAUUUCAGCGACCAGUUUCCAGGAGGCAGUGCAGGAGAGCACUGAGGACCUGCAGGUAGCAGACUGGGGUCUGGAGUGGGUCCUGCGUUACUCUGUUAUUGUAAAAAGCAGAGGGAUCAUCAAGUCGAAGGGCUAUCUUGUUCAGGCUAAUAGGAGCAGCCAGUAGUAUGUUGUUCCCUGAACAGUUUCUGGCAGCGGGCUACUCUUUGUCAGUGAAAUCAGAUUAAUAUUAAUCUCUCUUCUUAGACUGUAAUGGGAGCUUUGUUUGUGGUUUGGCAGGGAUGAAGCUAGCUUCACAAUGCUGGGAAUCAUAUACAAAAACUCACAUCAAAAUAUGAAGUGCCUCUAUUUGUGAAAUUACUUUCUUUGCUCACUUCUAUUUUGUGUCUGUUGACAUUCUAAAUUAUGUCUAAACGUUAAUAUACAAGAAUCAUCAGUUAAGAUUAGAAGGAAUAGUUGUGUCUGUACUUUUUAAUUCAUUUUAUGAAUUAUAUUAGUGUUUGUAUUAGAAACCUUAAAAAAAAAUUACCAAGACCAGAUUCAUGUUGAGAAUUGACAGAUCUUUUAAAAAAUAUGACACGAUUUGAAUGGAGCAGGGAUUAAAGCGAAGGUGUACUUUGAGGUGUUGUUAUUUGUAGCCACUCAGGAUUUACUGUGUUCUUUGUGGGGCCAAUUCCAUGCCUAUCCGCUAGCCCUGCUUUGAGUUAUAAUACUGUGUGUGAGGGCACACUGUGGGCUGAUGCACCCUCAAAACUCAUCAUGGGCCAAGUGAGCUUCAUGUUCAGCAAGGUUUACUCCUUUUUAAUAUAAUUUAUUUGUUUUCUUUAGCAGAUUAAAAUGUGUUGCCCCCUCUGUACUGUAUUGUUUUCAUAAAUCUAGCUCAUGUAGAUGCUGACCCUUGUCCUGGUGGGUCAUUUCAGAUUCUGAUGUGAGAACAGCCCAAUGUAAUCUGUAAGCUCCCCUCUGCCAUAAAAUGUUAAUAUAUAAAUAAAUAUUUGUCAUAUGGGCAGCAGUGCAUAUGCAUGGCUGUUGUCUAUUUUCAUUGUAAAUAAAGUAACUGGCCAUUUCCAAAACUGGAUUAAGACUAGUUGCAAUCAAAGGCUGUCAUGUGUCUGAAAGGAUGUUUUUCCUUUAUUUAUUCACCAUGGCUACAAUGCCGGGUAGGGUCCACAUAAUGUUGGGAAGAUUAAGAUUUCUUUUUAGUACUGUAACCAAAAUGUUUCCCUUUUCUGUAUAUCAGGUUAUUAAAUGGUGAAACGAA